UCAAAUUCCGGUAUCAUAGUUUUCAAUUGUUUUGGUCAGGUUUGGUUAGAAAUUGAAAAACAUAUUUUUUAUACGAUAUUGAUUGUAUUGAACUUGAACACUUUUACUUAAUUGAUACCAAUAGAAAUAUGGACGGCGAUCUAUAUGAUGAGUUCGGUAAUUACAUCGGACCGGACUUGGAGUCGGAUUCAGACGAUGAGCAGAGUGUUUACGGCCAGGAUAAUCGUGAUGCUGACGAUGAUGCGAUGGACGAAGAUGAGGAAGGUGAUGCGGAGCCCGAAGCUGCUCCAAUGUCCGUUGUCUUACACGAAGACAAAAGAUAUUAUCCGCAAGCCGUGGAAGUGUAUGGUCCAGAUGUAGAGACAGUGGUUCAAGAAGAGGACACACAAGCUUUGGACAAACCUCUAGUGGAGCCAGUGAAGCAGAAAAAGUUCCAAGUACAAGAGCAGCAGCUGCCGGAGACCACAUAUGAUAUGGAGUAUAUGGCAGAUAUGUUAGAUAACACUAAUUUAAUGAGGAAUAUCACAUUGAUGGGCCACUUGCACAAUGGCAAAACAUCAUUUGUAGACUGUUUAAUCAGACAGACUCACCCAGGUACAAUAAAUAAUGAAACAACAAUACCCAUGCGAUACACAGACACAUUGUUUGUGGAACAAGAGAGAGGUGUGUCUAUCAAGUCCAUGCCAGUCACACUUCUGCUAAAGAACAUCAAAGGGAAGUCACAUUUACUAAACAUAAUGGAUACACCAGGACAUGUGAACUUUAGUGACGAGGUUACUGCUGCAUUGAGGAUAUCAGAUGGUGCUGUACUGUUUGUUGAUGCUGCAGAAGGUAUAAUGCUUAACACAGAACGUCUCCUGCGACAUGCAGUGCAAGAGCGAGUGCCACUCACAAUAUGCAUCAAUAAAAUUGACAGACUCAUACUUGAGUUGAAGUUACCCCCCGCGGAUGCUUACUACAAGCUACGGCAUAUCAUCGAUGAGCUUAACUCAUUGGUGGAAACCAACCAGCCCCAAGAUAAUCCUGAUGAACCACCAACCAUAUUCUCACCGUUACUAGGCAAUGUCUGUUUUGCAUCAUCAUUAUAUGAUGUAUGCUUUACUCUGGAGUCAUUCGCGGCAAUGUAUGCAUCCGCGCACGUCAGUAGCGGCCUGCGGGCCUCCGAUAUGGCGGCCUGGCUGUGGGGAGAUGUUUACUUCAAUGCUAAGACGAGGCGCUUCACAAAGAAGUCACCGCAUGCGUCUUCGCAGCGAAGCUUUGUUGAAUUUAUACUGGAGCCUUUGUACAAAAUUUUUGCACAGGUGGUUGGUGAUGUAGAUGACACAUUACCAGCCGUCCUCGCGGAGUUAGGCAUUAAGUUAACAAAGCAAGAAGCAAAACUCAACGUCCGUCCGUUACUGAGGCUGGUUUGCAGUCGUUUCUUUGGCGAUUUUAGCGGUUUCGUGGAGAUGGUGUGCCGACACAUCCCGUCCCCGCUGGACGCGGCGGAGCGCAAGGUGGCGCACUGCUACCGCGGCGGCGAGGGCGCGCUGCGGGACUCCAUGCUGGGCUGCGACCAGAGCGGGCCCCUCGUCGCCCACACCACCAAGAUGUACCCCACUGAU